GCCACUUCCUCAUUUUUGAACGUUUAUAGAUAAACAUGGCGGGCAGCUGCACAGUUACGUUAGUAUCUGUUUGGGGUUUACGGUUACCAAAUCGGUCCCAUGUUAUGAGGGGUUGGAUUGCACUGCUUUUCUAUGCGGGAGCUGCUCUUUUUGCUCAUUCUGAGGUCUUGGAUUCUGAACUGGAAGUUAAACCUCUCAGCGAUGCCAACUGGACUUCUAUCUUGGCAGGAGAAUGGAUGGUGAAAUUCUAUGCGCCUUGGUGCCCAGCAUGCCAGCAGAUAUUGCCUGACUGGGAAAAUUUUGCCAAAAAAGGUCCAUUGCUUGGUGUCAGAGUUGGAAAGGUGGAUGUCACACAGGAGCCUGGCCUGAGUGGUCGCUUCUUUGUUACAACACUACCAACCAUUUUCCAUGCAAGGGAUGGAGUAUUCCAUAGGUACCAUGGCUCAAGGACCACAGAAGAUCUUCAGAGUUACAUUAAGGAAAAGAAGUGGGAAGUUGUAGAACCCGUACCAGGAUGGAAGUCACCAUCUUCUUUCUUGAUGACUGGCAUGUCGGGACUUUUUAGGCUGUCUGCCUGGAUUCGCCAAAUACAUAGCUAUUUUACAGAGACCCAUGGGAUACCUGCUUGGGGAUCGUAUUUAAUAUUUGCUUUGAUAAUCUUGCUGACAGGUCUCUUCUUUGGACUGAUACUGGUUUUGCUUGCUGAUUGUAUUUGUCCACAAAAGCCCAGAUACAAAGUAAUUAAAUCAGAUGUUAAUGAGAAGUCACUUGAGCAUGAGGUAAAUGAGGAGCAGGAAGACAUUUCAGAUGAGAAACAGCACAUUUCUGAAGGAGAAGAGGAAAGACUCAAUGUAAAUGAUAAAACAGCUGCAGCAGAUGGUGGAGCAGAUGAAAAAGAAAAGGGGGUCACAGUAGAGGAUGUACCAGAUCAGCCUCCUCCUGAUAAAGAGAAAGAAGAUGAAAGCACAGUAAGACAGCGGAAGCCACAGUCUGAAACAGGAACUUCAUAAACAUUAUAAUGGAUGUUACUAUUUCAAAGUACAAGACCAAAGAAAAGUGUGUACAUUUUGGGAAAUUGCUGGAUUCAUACUUAGUGUCCACGCCUGUGUGACACUUUGUUUACCAUAACAAAUGCCUUACAUUUACUUAAGAGAAUAUACAGAUUUAUCUGUGUAUCUGAAUAUUGGUGCAUGUUUGUACAGUAUGCUUGGAACGUUGCUGUUGUAAAUUAGAGUUGGAGGAGCACAGUGAUUGUGUUGCUUGGGAACCUUUACUGUUUUUAAACUACUAGUUAUUUAUCUUUUUGGUGUGUCUUUUACCCUAUUUUUAAAUGCAAGUCAUUUGUAUAUAAAUGUUAACUUUCCCAGUCUUUAAGGCAGGUGUUUAUACAUGCAGUUAGUGUAAUAAACUUUGACAAUCAAAUUGUAGAAUAUAGAUUCAUAUUCUGACAUCAUGAUUGCUUCUUCUGAGCCACAAACUGCACAUAUUUGCUGUGUAGCAAGAAGUCAGUGACUCCCAAUAAGUAGGAAAAAAAUUGUUUUUGGUUUGGUUUUGCAUAAUGCAUUACAGCUAGAUAAGAAAUAAUGAAGUUUGCUGAUAUCCUCUGCACUGAUAUUCUAGAGUUUUUAGUAUUCAUUUCCAAAUUAAUUGUCCCACACCAUUUUCUAGAGCAGUUGAUGCAUUAUUUAUUAGACUUUUACGUAUUCCUUAAGCAGAAACUAUCAGAGGAAAGUAGUAUCUGAGAAAGUACUGAAAUGUUACUGUGCAAGGCUAACCUACUUAAAGCAACACUAACUCCGGUAUCUUUUCUUAAGCUAAUCAAGCAUGAGCACAAGAUAUAAACUAAAAAAGUAGUAGUAUAGCCAGUUAAAAUGGAAUGACAGUUUAAUAAUGGUGAUUUCAGUUAUUAAAAGGAUGAUAGACCCUUUUGAAUACACAUUUGUUUCUCGAGAAACUGAAUGACAGAAAAGUAUGACAAUCCAGAUUCACAGUGUGGCAAUAAUCAUCUCACUGUUAACAAAAAUGUUAUUUUUGGUUUCCUAAAUUGAAAUAGUUCCUGUUCCAUUGACGUUGGAUCUCUCGAUAUUCUUAAAUGAGCAUAGUGUAAUCUAGAAAACAUGUCAUUUCAACAGUAUUUUAACAUAACAGUGGGGUUCUAUUUUCACAUAAAGUUUCUUUCAUUUUGUAAUAACUGAAUUUGAGAAACGGAACAAUGACAUGAGUUGGAGCCUAGAAAUGCAGCAAACAGCGUAAUGUACAUGCUCACUGAACUUCUUACAUUACUCACAGAGAGAGUCGAUUCAGAAAGAUCAAUUGACAUGGAGACUUGAAGGUUUAUAAAAAAGAAUCUAGUGAAAAAUGAAAGCACAGACUGAAUACAGAUAGUACUGGUGAUAACUUUGUAAAAUAGCAAUGAAAUGUCAGACAAGAGCCAUUAUAAUUCAGAUAGCUGGUGUAGAUGAGCAGCAGAAGGUAUGACAUCACCUCCACCUCCCCCACUCCACAGAAGUAAAGAUCUGUAUUAGAACACAAAAAUUGAAGCUUGUGAGUUGUAAUAAUGCAGCCCGACAAAUCAUCCAAGGUGUGUUAAGUAGCACAGUAUUCAAGGUUGUGUACAUUUUAGGUCAUCACAAAACAAAACCUAAGAGAGUAUUAGAUAUAUGGAUUUAGCUGUGGUUGCAACGGCCAGUGAAAAUCUUAGAACCGUAACCAGUGAAACGACCACUGAAAAACAGACAUUUUGAGUUGUCAUAUCACCAACUUUGGAUAACAUUCACACUUACAUUUGCUGUGUAUCAAGAUCUAGUUCCUUUGUAUAUGAGGCACAGUAUACCACAAGUAAUGAUGCAUUUCCCAUCCAAAUUAAGAUUUACAGUAUGCAUUUUCCUCUGCUUUUCAGAUAAUGCUAGGACUGUCUCCCUGUUAUAUGUUGCACAAACCCCAAAAGGCAUAUCUGCUGGUAAACAUGCUUACAUGAACUGACAGAAGAGUUCCAGUUAUCUUUACAGGUGCAGUUUAACAGUGGCACAUGCACAGAAAACAUAUAUUCAAUGUACGGAUCAGCUUAGCUCUAUAUUUUUUAUGGACUGUGUUGUACUGCCACCUGAUUUUUUGGCACUUGGCUAAAGGACCAUGAUAUCCCACUGCAGUGAAGAAGGCAACAGAAGGAUUGCCAGGUUCUGUCAUUUGCUGGUACCAAGAAAAGCCAUCAGCAGAAAUCUUUGCUUAUCCUCUUUUGUCAGGCCACAUAGGUUAGAAGUGGCUGUUGUAGCCACAUGUAAAUCCAUACAUCUGGUACUCUGUGUUCUGUUUUAAUUCUUUUGAUAAUUUAAAUUUAUACAACUUCUGAUUUUUGCCAGAGUAUACACUGCAUCUGUAAAGAUAACUGCCACCUGCACCCCUGAUGUGGAGGCUGUGCCCCUACACCCACAGCUUCUUCAUAUCUAGUUUCAAGGUUGCACCACAUCUAAGAAAAGAGAACAUACACAUUUCUCUUUUCUUUGAGUUGAUGUAAUAUUGAGGAUAGUAUUUUAGAUAUGAUUGUGCGAGGGCAAUGCCCCUAUAUCAGGAAUAUUUCCCACCAGUAGAAGAUUGUAUUUUUAGAUGGCACAGUAUGGGGGACAGACCUCCUAAAUCAGGUGUGAAACGAACACCACCACCCCCAGCAAAACACACCUGUUUUAAAAUUAUAUUUGAUUAACUGCUUCAUGACCACAGGUCCAUCUUGGUAGGCUAGGCAUGAUGUACAUUGGUCUGGGAAAUUGAAAUAGAUAAAUUAUAAUAUCUGGGAAUUAGCCAAAGUUGGACACCCAUCUUCCUAUCCAGAUUUCUAGAGCAGUUGGAUGUCCCCAGAGAAAAAAAUGGUGGUCUUCCUACAGAAAGGAUAUCAGCAUGCCUCUCUUCUGUAAAGAGUAGAUCAUCCCACUCCUUCAUUUUUUCUUUUAAGCAAGACUUCAUCAGAGGGGCAUAAGUACCCUAAUUUAACCCUGUUCUGGUGCAAUUUUACCUAGAAUUAUUAUUGUUUGUCGUCUUUGACUAUUUGAUUGAACUUCGGGGAUUUUUUAAUGACAUAUGAUGUCCCUGAAAAAAACAAAAAAACAGCUGUGCCUGUGGAAAAGAGAUCCUGCAAAAUAUUACCUUUCAGUGUUUUUUUCCCCUUGGAUAUGAAUUAAGUUGACUCUUGUAAGCACUAGUAAUAUUUUCAACACAAGGACUUUGACUCUUUUUGCUAAUAAUAUUGGGGCUUGGAGAUGACCAUCCAUACCACCCCCCCAAAAAAAAAACUCCCACAUGUGAGGAUAGAAAGAGUAAAUCCCCCAGUGAGAAAUGCAGAUAAUCAGAAAACAGAUAAAUUGAGAAAUAUGAUAAAAAAUUUGUGAGCCAAAAGCAUUUAGCCUUAGAGACCCCUUGCAUCUCAUUUAGGCUUGUCAUUGGCCCUGCAGAGGAGUAGACAUGCCCAACUUCUCUUCAAAUUACAAGCACCUAUAGGAUUGAUGUCCUCACGUAUGUUAACCCCAUUACAUGCAGACUGUAAACUCCUUGCAGUGGAAAUCAGCCAGGCCUCAUUUUGAUGGAUAACUAUAUCACAACAGUAUGCCAGUUCCCAGACAUCAGUGAGGGAUGCCAUCAUUACAUGGGAUAAUGAUUUCUGUAAGUAAUUGUGAACCUGCGAUUCAAUGAUCCCAAAAAUUUUAACUGAACAUUAUAGAUUAUCAGAUGUGUGACGCAUGUUAUACUGGUUUUGCUUCUACUGAUGUCCUGUCCUCAGUUGACUACCUGUCAGUUUCCUUUGCCUCAACAAUUUUUGACUGAUAAAGUCUUACAGAAGAAUAUUUGAUGACAUGACAGUAAGCUACCCCCCCCCCCAACCAGGAAAAAACAACUCUUCAUUUUGUGCUUCAGGUGUUGUGGUCUGUCUUGCAAAAAAAGAAAAAGAACUCUUCCACAGAAGGGUUGUAUGACUUGUAGUUGAAGGGAAUCUACCCUGUUUUGAUUAAAUAACUUCCUCUAGGACUAUAGCACAGAUGAUGACACCAUUGCUUCUGGAAACAUUUGAGGACAUCUCCUCCUGGAAGACAAUGAACUUCAUGAAGAAGACUUUGAUAUAGGAGUUAUUCAUUCCUGUAGCUUCUAUGCAUGAAUAAGUCCAUGACAAUAGCUAUUCUGCCAUUUCUACAGGCCUUCAAUCUUACUUUCAAGAACAUUUUUUUUAAGUUGGAACCGGACUUUCAUCCACCUGCCCCCAAGGGAACAUGUGGCAUAUCCUACUGUAACAUAAGUUCACAGACCAGAGGACAUGUCUUGGCCUUUUGAGAUCUGUUUGUAGUGAUGUGAAAUCAGGGCGUUGAAUCCAUUUGGUUGAAAGAUUGAUAGGUCUACUUCCCUUGGAAGCAGUGCUAUCAGCUGCCAGACUUGUGUGACUACAUGAAGGAUAUAUUGUCAACUACAUUGAUGAUAUGAGCAAAGAUAUGUACAGUGAAAUCUGGAGUGGUAGGCUGUCAACUUGUUUGUAGUUUGCAUUAUAAGUGGUGUAAUGACGCAAUUAAAUGUGGAUAUGAUGCUGUAAAUGCCUGUUCUGAGAACAGCCAGAGACAACAAUCCUAAAUGACGUACGAUUCUGAAUACAGAUGUUGUGAAAUGUCAGUUACUCAGCAUGCUGUUAAAUAAAGACCUUGUGUUUGGCUUUAUUUCCCACAAUAUCUUUAAGAAAAGAAACUGAAAGAUAAACAUUGAAACAGAUUUUUCAUCCCUCCUAUCUUGGGAAACAGUAGAAAUUGCUACAUCAGACGACAGACAUUCUGUUCAAAAGCAGACAAGAAUGAAGCAGUAUACACAAAAGAGAAAAUCUGAAAAGAGGCAGCAGUCUUGUAGGAACUGAAUGAGCCAGGGUAGGCAAAAAAGCAGGGAAGGGAAGUAAUUCCCUCCCAAUAAUGAAAAAAUUAGACAGUAGUGACUAAAAUUCCCUCCCAUUUCACCUUACAUCAUGUGUGGGAAACUUUCCCUUCUAUAUGUAAAUGUAGUUUGGCUCGACUUUGAACCUUUGGGUAAGAGGGAUUAUAUUUACUGUACGUUUGAGAAUAAAAUUCAGGAUGUUCCCUCCUUUCCCAGUCAUGCGCAUAUACCUUCUCCCUCCCCACACAUAGCCAGAUCAAACUAGCCAGUCCUAUUUUAGAAUAUCUGCUGACCUGUGGACUCCCCACAAAAGAGGAGAGGCAAACAUUUCUGCUUAUGGCUUUUCUUGGUUCCAAUAAAUGACAGACCCUAGUGAUCCUUCCUGGACCUGUCCAGGCUAAAUAAGCUUCUAUUUUUCAGGAAGCUAAAAUGAUGGUACUGCUGGCCCUUCCCUGAUUACCAAAUGAUACCCUUUUGGUAAACUUAACUAUGAUGCAAACACUUAACCUUGAUAUCCCCAUCCACAAGGAUCACUGGCUGUCCCUCACACUUUUAUUGGAGCCAGUCGCUACCAGCUUACCUGUAUGCAGUUUGGCCUCCUGUUGGACCCAUGGUCUUUGCUAGAUAUUGGACCGGAUUCAAUAAAGGCUACAGUAAGUGUACACAACAUGUAGUCAAUAAAAUUCUUAUCACAUUUUUGUACUUUUUAGUCACUCAGAAGGUUUACAUUAAGGUACAUAUAGUCUGCACUUUGUGGUAACCUUUAUGAAUCCUUGUCAAUAUUUAAAGCUGUAAGAAUAUCAGUACGAAAACUAAAAUUAGGAGGAAGAAGUUGUGCAUUAUGUCUGUGUUAUCUGUUCACUCAGAACGGUGUACAGUUAGUGUAGGCUUUAUUAAUCUGGCCCAUUAAGUAUAUGAUUGCCUUCCUUAGGAUAAAGAAGAUCCAUCUACCAUUGUUUAUAUGAAUGCUUGAGUCAAGCUGUCGCCUUAAAGAAGGAGAUCUAGGGAGCACCUGAUUACACUUCUCCCUGCCUAACCAGCUGUGGGACUCUCAUUCAGUCUACAGACAUCAACCUGGUAUCCAAGUCUACCAAGACUUUCCCAGGCAUGCUUCUGACUACCAGAGAAGACAGGUUUUCUGCUGAGGCAUAUUUCUUCUCUUUGUGUGGAAUACUAUCAGAUGGCCUGGAUCUUCCUGAAAGCUCUAGGUUAUAUGCUGGCCUUAGUCUUUAUGGCCAUUCUGGCAAGAUUCUACAUGUGAAAAUCCAGUGAUAGCUCAAAAACCUUUGGGAAUCGCAUUUCUGACUUUUGGGACAGUGAAGUGCCCAAAAUCUCCCACAGCCAAGAAGGAAUUUUUUGGUGUGCACUAUACAGAUCAGAGUCAACGCAGGAUUCCCCUUUGGGGGAACCAAAGUCCACUUUAACCUCAUUGCUAUCUCAUGUUAUGAGUGAGAGCACAUUGAAACAUAAAGUUUCAGGGAAAGUGCUCUAGAAAGCGAUUUCUGAAAGAAAUGAUGAUCAUAAUUUAUAUACGGCACAUAUUUAGAUCUGUAUUUCUCACAUUAUUCUGUAAAUAGUGUCAUAUAAUGGCACAGAGAUGUGAUAUAUCACCAAGGAAGAGGGUACUGAGUGUUACUCAUUCUGCAUAUUGGGCUUCAUGGCAUGAGAGCUGGCCUGAAAACAAGAUCCCCAUCUCCAAGCCUUCCACAUACCCGACAAGUAUAAUAUGGUGGCAGACCAUGUGAGUAUAUAUAUAUAAAAAAUGGUAUGGAUUGCUCUCCUCAUUGAGUGUCAAGGUAAUGUUGUUGAUUUAGGGAGGAAACUGGCUUCACUGUGGGAAUUCAACUGCUGUAGAAGUCAGGUUGAAAAGCCAAAUGCCCACCUGAGGCUAAUUCCUUUUUACAGGAAAUUAUACUGCAGCAGAGAUCCUGCUAACCAAAUGUAUAAAUUUAUGAUAAGUAUCCAAAUAGUUAUACUUCCCAGCAUUUAUUACAACAAAGCAGUCUUUAGUCCUCAUUCAUUUGUAUGAUCUGUACACAAAGCAUUGUUCUUUGUGAAUCUACAAGAUUCUGCACUACAUUUUUCGGUGUUACAGUCCAUGUCAUGUUCCAGUUGUGCUGCUACAGCUUUGUAGAGAGUGUGUGUGUGUGUGUGUGUGUGUGUGUGUGUGU